AUGAAUAAACUAGAGCUAUUUUGUGGUGAUACAGUAAAACUCAAAUCAAGGAAACGACGUGAAACUAUCUGUAGUGUCUUUUCUGAUGAUUCAUGUCAGGAUGAUCAUAUUCGAGUGAAUCAUGUUAUACAAAACAAUUUACGAGUAAAAGCAAAUGAUAUCAUUUUCAUUCAUGGGUGUCCACAUGUUAAGUAUGGCACACGUAUUCAUGUUUUACCCAUUGCUAAUACUUUGAAAGAUAUCACAAGAAAUGUUGUGCAACAAUAUUUGCAUCAGUAUUUUUUCGACGCCUACCGACCCGUUCGCAUCAGUGAUAUAUUUAUUGUUCCAAUAAAGACGAAUAUUACAGUCGAGUUCAAGGUCAUUGACACUGAACCAAGUCCAUACUGUAUCGUAGCACCAGAAACAAUUAUUGAUUGUGAAGGUGAGCCAGUUGAACGUGAAAUCGGAGAAUCAUCGAUAAAUGAAGUCGAUUUUGAUGAUAUUGGUGGUAUGGAAGAUAUAAAAGAAGUAUUGAAAGAAUUUAUUCUGUGUUCAAAUGUAUAUGACGAAAGAUAUAUUCGAUUCGGUAUGGCACCUUCACGUGGUGUGCUUUUGUAUGGUCCACCUGGUUGUGACAAUCUUCGUGAUAAUAAUGUGCCUUAUGGCAAUAAAUCAUCUGAGCGUCUCAUUAACCAGAUAAUAAAUGAAAUAGAUGGUAUCAAUUACAAAAUAAAAUUAUUUAUUAUUGGUGCAACAAAUCGACCUGAUCGACUUGAUGAGAUCAUUUUUCGACCGGGUCGUCUUGAUCAAACAAUCUAUAUUCCACUUCCCGACGAAACAGCUCGAUAUGCUAUUCUUAAGAUUGCGCUACGAAAAUGUUCUUUAGCUAAAGAUGUAGAUAUUAAACUAUUGGCUACAGUAUUAUGUGGAGGGAGUAGUGCUAGUAUUAUCGAAAUAUGUAGAAGAGCCGUUAAAGCGGCUAUCCAUCAAUUAACCGAGAACGAACAAAAAAUGGAACAGUCAAAGCAAAAUAAUGAUUCUAAUGUGACUGAUCUUAUCAUUAAACGAGAACAUUUUGAACAAGCUAUGGCAUAUUAUCCACGUUGCUGCGAAGCAUUGAAUACUGAUAUUCGUAAGUACGAAAUUUUUGCACAUAUGUUACAAUCAUACAAGUAUGGAUUACCACUUGGCAACUUCAAAUUCCCAGAAAAUAUUAAUAACAAUGGUGAUGCUAGUCAAGGAUCAAUUACUUAUACAGAUGAUGAUGAUGAUUUGUAUACAUGA